ACAUGGAAACGGGAGAUGGCGUCUCAGCUCCUGCUCAGUUCAGCGACAACACUGCAGAGUGCAUUGUUUCUGUGAAAGGCCUAAAGGAGAACUGGCAGAAGUGGUCUGACGAGCACCAGGAGUACCAGAAGCACAAUCCCUUCAGUCACGACACCAGGCCCAAUGUGGUGGUCCCUCAGAAGGGGCAGGAUGACUAUGGGAGGCCCCUGCAGGGCUCCAUGACGGAACAACGGGGGAAGGAUGCUCACACACAUAUAAGCAAAGAGGUGCAGGAGCUGUGUGAGGUGAUAAGGAACAUUGGAGAGCCGAGAGACGGCGAUGGAGGUGGAAGCGAUGGGAAAGUGAUCACUGUAGAAUUUGGCAAACUGUUUGAGCAUUAUGUGACUAUCUCUAAUAAACUGGUGGGGGUUCUGCUACGAGCCAGGAAGCAGAGGCUGGUUAACUUUGAAGGGGAGAUGCUGUGGCAGGGAAAGGAUGACCAUGUAGUUAUCACUCUGUUACAGUGAGCAGACACUUGGGUUAGUGUUGAUGCCUUGAGUCAUAUCACAUCUCCAGUAGCAGGCUCAGAGCUUCUUCAUGGCAGCACUCACUGUAGUGAACAGAUAGGUUGGUGAUGACACUUUUUUUAGGAAACAAACCUUUUUCUUGCUUACACAACUAAAAACCUCAGUGGCUGAUAAUUCACACUGCCUCCCUGAGGAAUGUACGUUGGACAUACAAGUGCAUUUUCCCUUCAUGCUACAAACAUAAAAACUACUGUCUAGGGAGUAGAAACAUGCAAGAGGCUGAUAAAAUCCUGUAAAGACCUGAAAGAAUUGGAUUGGACUGAACGUAAGUUAAUCACCAUUAUCUUUGUAGCAUUAUUUAAAUGGGUAACAUUUUCAUCUAUUAAUUAAUCUUCUAGAUUUCACUCAAAUUUUGCUCAACUACAUCUGGUCUAAAUAACAAUGGGAAACAUUCACAGCUUUUAAUGUGGGGAAAGUGGAGGAGUGAACAGCUGAAAAGAAGUCAGAGUGGUUAAUGAGCCAAAGCCAAAGAGAACAUGAGGCUACCCUGUGACAGACAAUAUGGUGCUAUAGGAUGAACCUGAUCCGUCUUGGCUUCGGGUGCCUCUGAGGAUUCAUCUAUUACAAGUGUGCUUGUAAUUUAGGGAACCUUGUUAUAGUUUGAAACUCAGAAUACCUGGACCACACUGAGACAGAUGUACAAUAAACUAAAAUGCUGCUUUAAUGGAAUGAGCACAUAGUAAAGAACUAUGCACUUAGUGAUUGAUGCCAUAAUACAUGGUCCUGCUGUUGAAGUGCAGUAAAAGCCAUGCAAAUUAACAAGCUUUCUUAACAUGAGCAAUAGUAGAUAUAGAUUAGCAAAUACUACUUUGUUCAUAUAUUAAAGAAAUAAAAGACCCAUUACCCUGUUUGUUAUUCUGUUACUGUAGGCUCUUUGUGACCCAUAAGCACUGACUGGUGUAGUUAAACUACUGAAUGCCAGAGAGAGAGA